UGUUGAAUGAAUAAAUGACUGCAUGAGGUGGGAGCCAACUGAGCUGAGAUCGAGAAGCGAAUUGAUGAGGUGGCUGUCGGUUGGGGUGCUAAUAGAGGACAUGAAGUCACUGGGUUCUAGCAAGAGGGAAGCGGGACCCUGGGCCACCCCUCCCCCUUGCCCUCCAUCCACCUCUCAUGAGAACUUUGAGGCCCUGCAAGGGGGCGGAUCUCUGUCUUCAUUCUUCCCCUCUGCACUCCACCCAGAUACCAGUUCCUCUUCCCCCUGAGUCGCUGGGUGCAGAGCCAGAGGAACGCCGGCGACCCCAGCAGCGCUGCGGAGGGUGCUGUCCAUUGCGGCCCCCGUGUCCAGGUGGGCCAGGACGCAGCCUCUGGGCGCCGUCGCUUUUCCAGCACCACCGAGGCAAAAGCGUGGCAGUAGGACCCAAAAGGUUGCUUGAAUGGGGGGCACCCUGGCAUGGACGCUGCUGUUGCCGCUGCUGCUGCAGGAGUCAGACAGCCAGGAACCGUCAUGCACCAUGCCCUCCACCGAUGUGGACUGGAACACGGAGUUCAGUGCCAUGUGCCUGAAUUUCAGUGGCCGUGGCCUGAGCCUGCCCCUCAACCAAUCUCUGCGGGCCAGCAACGUGCUUCUCCUUGACCUGUCUGGGAACGGCCUGCGAGAGCUUCCAGUGACCUUCUUUGCCCACCUGCAGAAGCUUGAGGUCCUGAACGUGCUACACAACCCGCUCUCCCGUGUGGAUGGGGCGCUGGCUGCCCGCUGUGACCUUGACCUGAGGGCUGACUGCAGCUGUGCCCUGGAGUCCUGGCACGAGGUCCGGCGAGACAACUGCUCUGGCCAGAAGCCUCUGCUCUGCUGGGACACAACCAGCUUCCAGCACAAUCUCUCUGCCUUCCUGGAGGUCAGCUGCGCCCCCGGCCUGGCCCCUGCAACCAUUGGGGCAGUGGCAGUCAGUGGGUGCCUGCUUCUCGUACUUGCCAUCGCUGGCCCCAUGCUGGCCUGGAGACUCUGGCGAUGCCGAGUGGCCAGGAGCCGGGACCUGGACAAGCCCUGGCCUGCUCAGGAUAGGCCCAAGCCCAGUUUAGGCUUCCAACCACGGUAUGGCAGCCGGAGCACCCCCAAGCCCCAAGUGGCCACGCCACCCCGCCCCUCCACUCCCGACUAUGAGAACAUGUUUGUGGGCCAGCCAGCAGCCGAGCACCAGUGGGUUGAACAAGGGGCUCACCCUUCAGAGGACAAUGACUUUUACAUGAACUACAAGGACAUCGACCUGGCCUCCCAGCCUGUGUACUGUAACCUGCAGGCACUGGGCCAGGCCUCGAUGGAUGAAGAGGAGUACGUGAUCCCUGGGCGCUGAGCCUAAGAUGUCCCAACCUCCACCCAGACCCCCUUCAGUCCCUGCUGGGUGACUCAGGGCAUCCUAACUCCUCCAAGGCCUCAGUUUCCCCAUCUGAAGAAUGGGGACAGAAGGGAUCCUUGAGGCCCCAGGAAGCUCUGCCGACCCCUCCCUGUCCCCUAUGCCGCUCCUCAGCCCGCUUGGCUCCUAGAGGGGGAAGAGGAGAGACCCCCAACAAGGGGACAGGAGGGUCACUGUGUGAAUCCUGCUGUCACCCUCCUGUGGAUGUACAGGCAGUGCUCAAUAAAUACGUUGAGGCUGAUGAAGCUGCUGGCUCAGGGUGAGUGGGUUCCUCAAGGUGGGGAUUUCUGAGUUCUAAGACCAAGUCUCCAUCUGAGAUUCCCAAAUUGCUCCCCACCUCCCAUCCCUGUUUUGUUUUGUUUUUUGUUGUUGUUGUUGUUGUUUUGUUUGUUAGUUUGUUUUUGAGUCUGAGUCUCACUCUGUCACCCAGGCUGGAGUGCAGUAGUGCGAUCUCGGCUCACUGCAACCUCCGCCUCCCGGGUUCAGGUGAUUCUCCUGCCUCAGCCUCCCAAGUAACUGGGAUUACAGCACCUGCCACAAUGCCCAGCGAAUUUUUGUAUUUUUAACAGAGACGGGGUUUCGCCAUGUUGGCUAGGCUGGUCUCGAACUCCUGACCUCAAGUGAUCUGCCCACCUCAGCCUCCCAAAGUGCUAGGAUUACAGGCGUGGCCACCGUGCCCGACCACAUUCCUCCCUUCUGCCCCUCUCAGGGCCCCUUCCCAGGUUCCUGAUCUCCAGGUUCGGCUCCCAGUGCAGCCCACACCACCCCCAAAAUAAAAAUGUAUAUAUAUUGCUUUA